AACCAGAAAGAAAGAAAUGCACGAAUGCUUAGAUGAAGGUCUGAUGACGACUGAUCAGAUAUCAGGUACAUGAACAUGAAUGACGAUCUUCGUUCUGGCGAUCGAUCGAUCGAUCCAUCUUAUCUUCGUUGUCUCCCUAAUUGUUUUAAUUGCGAUUCUGGAUUCUGGAUUCUGCUUCGGAACCGUUCGGUCUCAAUCCUUUGAUGAAUGGACAUGCAUUUAGGUUUUUCAUUCUUCAAUCUGCUUGGAUCUUCCUAGAUGAAUCUUCCUUACGCUUAAGAUUUAGCAUGCAAUCGCGUUUUAUGUUGAACUGAUACUUGUUGUUGCCUGGAGUUUUAAUCUCAAGUUUUUCUAUACAUUUAUUGCGUUUCUGGAAGGAGAGUCGGUGUUAUUGCUAGUUUGGUGGAGUCUACAGUCGAUGAUGUGAAAGUUCCCAUGAAUAGUGACCAACUUUUGAUUCCGAAGUUUUCUUGCUACAAGUAAGAAACAGAUCCGUGUCUGGAAGGAAGACAGCAAUGUCGAUUGCUAGUGUGGCUCCUAGUCCUGUUUUUGAAGAUUCUUUAGAUUUUCCUGGUCUAUCAGGGCAGGCUGAUCCGAGGUUAAGGGAGUCGAUUUUUAUAUACCUAUCUGUUGCAGGAUCAAUUGUUCCCUUGCAUAUUUUGGAAUCGGAUUCAAUAGCUUCUGUUAAGCUGAGAAUACAGACAUCCAAGGGUUUCUUUGUGAAGAAACAGAAACUUGUCUUCGGAGGAAAAGAGUUGGCUCGUGAUACUUCUCUUAUUCAAGAUUAUGGUGUAGGCGAUGGUAACGUGUUGCAUCUAGUCAUUAGGUUGUCUGAUGUUCGAUCCAUUAAUGUUAGGACGGUUUGUGGAAAGGAAUUCAGUUUCCAUGUUGAUCGGUUUAGAAAUGUACUGUAUGUGAAGCAACAGAUCGCUAAGCAAGGCAAAGGAUUUCUUGAUCUCAAUGAUCAAGAGCUAUUUUGUGACGAUGAGGAGCUUGAAGAUCAAAGACUCGUGGAGGACAUUUGUAUGAAAAAUGACGUCGUUAUCCACCUACUAGUCCGUAAAUCAGCAAAAGUAAGGGCCAAACAUGUCAAGAAAGAUAUUGUAGUUUCAAUAGACAAAUCUGUGGAUAGAGAAGAGCAUGACCUUGUAGUUAGGAACCCGUCGAAGAGAGACUUUGUUCUUGAACCAUUAAUUGUUAACCCAAAAGUGAAAUUACCAAAAGGGAUUAAGGAUCUUGUUGAUGCAACUAUUAAUGGGUUGGCACGAGGUCUGCAGCCAAUAAGAUCGGUAGAGGGGUCAGGAGGUGCUUAUUUCAUGCAACAUUCAUCUGGUGAAGAGUUUUUAUCAGUUUUUAAGCCAAUCGAUGAGGAGCCAAUGGCUAUAAAUAACCCUCAAGGGCUUCCAUUAUCAUCGGAUGGCGAAGGAUUGAAGAAAGGUACUCGUGUAGGGGAAGGAGCUCUUAGAGAAGUGGCUGCUUAUCUUUUGGAUCAUCCCAAGCGUGGUCAAGACAAGGGCUUUGCUGGGGUUCCACCAACUGUUAUGGUCAAAUGUCUUCACAAAGGAUUCAACCAUCCAGAUGGAUAUUCAUUUGAAUCUGGCUGCAUGAAGAUUGGCUCAAUGCAGAAGUUUGUGAAGAAUUGCGGGAGUAGUGAGGAAAUGGGUCCCGGUGUUUUUCCAGUUGCGGAGGUUCACAAGAUAUGUGUUUUAGAUAUACGGUUAGCCAAUGCAGACAGGCAUGCAGGAAACAUUCUGGUUAGCAGGGAUUCUGAGCAAGGUCAGAUUGUUUUGACUCCAAUAGAUCAUGGAUAUUGCCUUCCUGUCAAUUUCGAAGAUUGCACAUUUGACUGGCUCUAUUGGCCUCAAGCCCGGCAACCCUUCUCCAAAGACACAGUUGAGUACAUAAAAUCACUUGAUGCAGACAAGGAUUCUGAGCUUCUGAAGUUUCACGGAUGGGAAUUGCCAUUGGAGUGUGCACGUGUUCUUCGCAUAUCCACAAUGCUUCUUAAAAAAGGAGCAGAGAGGGGACUGAAUCCCCAUGCAAUUGGAAGCAUCAUGUGCAGGCAAACAAUGAAAAAGGAAUCGGUCAUUGAGCAGAUUGUUCAAGAAGCUCAAGAAUAUGUGCUUCCAGAAACUAGUGAAGAUACAUUCCUUGAAUCUGUGUCAGGUAUCAUGGAUCGAUACCUCGAAGAACUUUACCAUUGAUGUAUUUGCAGAUACCUCGAAGAACUUUACUGAUUAAUAGAUGUUGAUAUUUGAGAAUGUCAUAAUUCUCCUCUGUGUAAUGGGAUUGACUGGAAUGCCCUUAUAUAUAAAUAAUCACAU